UAAAAAAGAAAAAUCGACCCUUUUUUUAUAAAAUUUAUUUCAUUUUUUCCCUUAAAUACUCUCAGUUCCUUCUAUUUUUCAAUCUCCCAAAUUUCCUACUCUCUUGCAUUUCUCUUUCCGGUCUUUCCUAACUAAAUUUAAACAGUUGUUUAGUUUUCCUUUACGUUUUCUCUUUUGUCAAACAUUUCAAAACAUUUCAAAAUGCGAAUGAGCUGUAAUGGAUGUCGGGUUCUUCGCAAAGGCUGCAGUGAAAAUUGUAGCAUUAGACCUUGCUUGCAAUGGAUCAAAAGCCCUGAAUCCCAAGCAAACGCCACCGUUUUUCUCGCCAAGUUCUACGGCCGAGCCGGCCUUAUGAACCUCAUCAACGCCGGCCCCGAACACCUUCGCCCUGCGAUUUUUAGGUCAUUAUUAUACGAGGCUUGUGGGCGGAUUGUCAACCCGAUUUACGGUUCCGUAGGGUUAUUGUGGUCCGGAAGUUGGCAGCUUUGUCAAGCCGCCGUGGAAGCUGUGCUAAAGGGUUCUCCGAUCACGCCUAUUGCUUCGGAAUCCGCUGCGUAUGGUCAAGGACCGCCGCUAAAAGCAUACGACAUUCGUCAUGUUUCCAAAGACGAGAACUCUGCAGCCUCCAACGAUGUUCAUCGAGUAAAGACUCGUUGCCGAGUCAAGAGAACUGUGAAGCCGAAGGUGAAUAAGCCGGUGGUAAGGGAGGAAAACUGCAACGCCGAAGCCGAGGCACGGUGUUACGCGGACGAGGGAAACCGAUCGACUAGUCACGAGUCCUCGCUGAGUCAUCAGUCCGAUUUGGCCGUUUUGGAUGGGGAAAGUAAAGAAACCGAAAGCAUGAUCUCGGAGGAAACAGCAGCGGCGUCACGACUGUUUCCAGUGGAGCCGGAGUUCGGAGGAAAGGUUUCCGAUGAAAGGACGGCGGAGGGAUGCGGUGAGAUUGCGCUGGAGCUGACGUUGGGGUUUGAACCGGUGAUUUCACGUGCGUGUCACGUGGUGGUGCCCAUGAAGAAAGACGAGUGGAGGCAUAUGGCAUGUUCAAGGAUAGUCGCACGUGUAAAGUAGAGCUGGGGCUUGAUUAUCCGGCUUAAAAGGCUUUUAAAAUAAAAAAAAAAUUAUAGUUUGGUCCAGUUUUGGCGGCUCGGUUUCGGUAUUUGUUUAUUUUACACAGAAGAGCUGUGGACUUUUUUUUUCUUUCUGUUUUUUUUUUUUUGUAAAUUUUUUGGGUUUUUUCUUGUUUCCCUUUAUGAAAUAAAAAUAUGAUGUAAAAAAAAGUGGUUUACAUGAAUAGGAAUGGUAAAUUUAUAGAGGGAAUCAGUAAGAA